GAAGAAGAAGCGGAACUAUGUGUAUUACAUUGUUAAGAGGACCCGGUUUGUGUUUGGCGACGGACACUCGCGCUGCUUGCGUACAUUAGCUGGAAGACGAAACGAGAAGAAACAUGUACGCAGUUUGUUGUUGUCUCCUCUAAACUCGGUUAUUAAGGAACUAAAAUACAUUUCGAAUCGUUAGUUUGUAUCGUUUAAGUCUAACGCAGUCUGUCGGUAUGCCUCUGUCCGACGGCGGCGGGGCGCCGCGGAGUCCUCGGGCCCGAAGACCUCGGACUCGCUCCCGCAGCCGAAACCGCAGCAACAGCCGCGAGCGGAGCCUGUCGCCGGACAGCUUCGGGCCCAAACUCCCGAGGCCGAGGAAUCGGGAACGGGAGCGCGAGGAACGGGAGAGUCGAUUCCGAGAGGCCAGAAACAUCCGACGGAUCCGUAUAGGGAGCCGGUCGCGGUCCAGGUCCAGGGAGCGUCACAACAACAACAACAACAUCAACAACACCAACAACAACACCGCCAUCAGCACCGGCACCGGCAUCGGCAACAACAGUCACAACAGCUGGUUCGAGCAGCGAGAGGCUCCGGGAAAAUACGGCAGCUUUAAAGAAGAUUACUACUACGAACAGCAGCGGGACGACGCCCAGAGGCAGAGACAGGAGGUCUUUAUCGCCAGGCGUCUGCAAGAGAGGGAGAGGAUCGGUGAGUUGGGUUGUCCUGAAGUUUGGGGAUAUUCACCAAGAGUGAAAGAACCAGACUCGGAUGAAUUCACACCAGUUGAAGAGGACGAAAAGAACAGCAGUUCAGAUUCGAGCUCCGAAGAUGAAAAGAAAAAGAAAAAGAAGAAGAAGAAGAAAUCCAAGAAAAAGAAGAACAAAAAGCACUCCGAGGACAGUGAGCUGGAAUCAGAAUCAGAUGAAGAAGAAAUAAAGAAGAAGAAAAAGAAAAAGAAGAGCAAAAAGUCCAAGAAGUCCAAGAAGAAGAAGGCGAAGAAGAGUCGCAAGGAGUCGAGCGAGUCCAGCAGCGAGGAUUCUGAGGAGGAGGAAGAGGAGGAGGAUCCCAGUGGGGUUCUGUGGGUGGAGAAGUCCACCAUGGACGAGAACGUGGUCGGCCCCGAAGCCCCACUCACCAGCAUGUCCCAGGACGACAGACCUUUGGAUUUUGGUCACGCGCUGUUGCCGGGUGAAGGUGCGGCGAUGGCGGAGUACGUGAAAGCAGGCAAACGUAUCCCGAGGAGAGGAGAGAUCGGUCUCACCAGCGACGAGAUUGCAAACUUUGAGAAGUCUGGCUACGUGAUGAGCGGCAGCAGACACCGUCGCAUGGAGGCUGUGCGUCUGAGAAAGGAAAACCAGAUCUACAGUGCAGACGAGAAGAGAGCUCUGGCGUCUUUCAACCAGGAGGAGAGGAGGAAGAGGGAGAGCAAGAUCCUGUCGAGCUUCAGGGAAAUGGUGCACAGGAAAACCAAAGGCAAGGAGGAGAAAUGAACAUCACGUUUAAAGUUUUUUUUUUUUCUCAGAUCCCUUUUUAAUGGACACCUUUUAUGUUUUUGUCCCGUAAAAUUGUCUAUUUUUUGGGAGAACAAUAGAUUUUAGUUUCAGGGGAAUGUUAAGUGUAGAGAGAGGAUUUUAACUGUAAAGAAAUGUGUUUACGUCUUCAGUUGUAUUUCUUUAUUGACCUGUUGGAUCAAGGCUUCAUGUCAGCUAUUCAGCCACAAUUUUCUUAUGUAGAAUUUUGCAUACAUAUAAAUAAAUUUUGACUAUUAAGUCAACUUGUAGUUUUUUACAUUUCUUUUAAACAUACUGUGCUCAGUCUUCAAUAUGAGUUGUGGUUCUCAAGAUGUCCCAAAAGAUAAAAAAAAAAAAAAGUAAUAAAAGAAGCAAAAAUAUAUAAUUUUGUUUAAAAUUGGUUUUCUUUCUGCUUUCCUAUUUUGUUAAGUCUGAGAAGUCUCAAAAUGAUUCUUUCAACCUCUUGAAGGCUCUUUAAUUCAAAGUUGUGAACCACUGAAGAGGAAGAAUCUUUUUAAUUAUACCAAGUUAUAUGCAUGUCCAUCUAACGUGCCACUGUAAAGAAUUAGCUGGUCAAUGAUAGGUAUAGUGGACUCAUGGUGGAACAACUUCUAUUCCUGUGUCAACCAAUUUACUUGCUAGUAAACAAAGUAUGUUUCUUGUGCAACCGCUAUAAUAGUGGGAUAUUUUGGACAUGACAGUUUUUCAACAAAGUUGGCUCUUAUGACUGAUGGGGGUUGCAACUAAUGAUUACUUUGAGUAUUGGUGUUCAAUCAGUAAAUUAAAUGUCGGGUAAAAUAAAGAAUGUGACAACUUCUCAAAA